AUGGGAGGUCAUGACGCAGGAUCCCAGCACCAGUUUACUGGGUUUGCCAAGUAUUUCAAUUCGUACACCAUGGUCGGCAGGAGAAAUUGCGUUUUGGCCACAUACGCCGGCAUAGCAGCAAUUGUCCUUUUCUUCAAAUUAAAGCCAAAGAAACAAGCCGCAGUCACUGAAAAGUAA